CCCAGCAAUGGCCAUCAAGUCCCUCCGCAUCAGAGUCUCCAUCGACCGAGGCGGCACCUUCACAGACGUCCACGCCUCCAUCCCCGGCAGGGACGACAUCAUCCUCAAGCUCCUCUCCGUCGAUCCGGCCAACUACCAAGAUGCCCCGACAGAAGGCAUCCGGAGGAUCCUCGAGCUCGUCACGGGCGAGCAGCUGCCCCGCGGCCAGCCCCUCGACCUCUUCCACUUCGAGUCCAUCCGCAUGGGCACAACCGUCGCCACAAACGCCCUCCUGGAGCGCAAGGGCGAGAGAGUCGCCCUCGUCACGACAAAGGGCUUCCGUGACCUCUUGGCCAUAGGGAACCAGUCGCGGCCUCAGAUCUUUGACUUGUCAGUGUCGCGGCCAGAGGUUCUCUACGACCAUGUGGUCGAAGUAGAGGAGCGCGUCACCAUGGAAGAUUACACCGAGGAUCCAGACUCUGUAAAAACCACACCCACAGCGCAAGACGCACAGCUCGUCGCCGCAGUCACAGGCGAGACCAUCCGCAUCCUGCAGGAACCCGACCUCGACGUCGUCCAGAAACAGCUCGCAGAAGUAUGGAACCAGGGCUUCCGCUCCAUCGCCGUAGUCUUCAUCCACUCCUACGCCUACCCCAAUCACGAGCUUCUCGUCGGCAAGCUCGCUCUCGAGAUGGGAUUCUCUGUCACAUUGUCAUCAGAGCUGCAGCCCAUGAUCAACGUGGUUCCCCGCGGAACGUCCGCCGUUGCAGACGCCUACCUCACCCCCAUCAUCCGAAAGUACAUCAGCUCCAUCGAGGCAAACUUCCGCGGCGGAUUCUCUUCCGCAGACACCAGGAUCGAAUUCAUGCAGUCAGAUGGCGGCCUGGCUGAUUACCGCAAGUUCAGCGGCCUCAAGGCCAUUCUCUCGGGUCCUGCGGGCGGCGUCGUCGGCUACGCCCAGACGUCGUGGGACGACGAGGAGAGGCGGCCCAUCAUCGGCUUCGACAUGGGCGGCACAUCAACGGACGUGUCGCGAUAUGCAGGUGUCUACGACCACGUUUUCGAGACCACGACGGCCGGCAUCUCCAUCCAGUCGCCGCAGCUGGAUAUCCACACAGUCGCAGCGGGAGGCGGCUCUAUCCUCUCCUGGAGAAACGGCCUCUUCAACGUGGGACCAGAGUCCGCAUCUGCCCACCCGGGCCCAGCCUGUUACCGAAAAGGCGGCCCGUUGACCAUCACGGACGCAAACCUCUUCCUCGGCAGGAUCUUACCGGAGUACUUCCCCAAGGUGUUUGGUCCCAAAGAGAACGAGCCGUUGAACCGUGAAAUCGUCGAGCGCAAAUUUGCCGAGCUCACAGACGACAUCAACAAGGACAGAAAGGCCGCUGGACUGUCCCUGUUCUCGCCAGAAGAGGUGGCCCUCGGCUUCCUGAAAGUCGCCAACGAGGGCAUGGCCGGACCGAUCCGCGCUCUCACAGAGGCUCGCGGCUACGAUGCCGCCGACCACCAUCUGGCUUGCUUUGGCGGUGCGGGCGGACAGCACGCUUGUGCCGUGGCCAACGUCCUGGGCAUCUCCCGCAUCAUCAUGCACAAGUACUCCUCCAUUCUGUCUGCGUACGGCAUCUCCUUGGCUGAUGUCGUUCACGAGACGCAACGCCCCGCCGCCAUCGUCUACAGCCCGGAGACGGAGACUGAGAUCCGGUCUCAGCUGGAGAGCCUCGCCCAGCAGGCCACCGACGCGCUUGUGAGUCAGGGAUUCUCGGUGGACCAAAUCUCGCACAACUCGUACCUCAGCAUGCGAUAUGUCGGCUCAAGUAGCUCGCUCAUGAUCCUCAAGGGCCGCGACUGGGACUUCAAGCGUGAGUUUGAAGAGGCUCACAAGCGCAGCUUUGGUUUCCACUUCCCAGAAAAGGACAUCAUCGUCGACGACAUCCGCAUCCGAGCCGUUGGCGGCACCGGCGCGAAGCAGACCAAGACUCCAUAUGCUCAGAUGAAGAAGAUUCAAAGCGUCAGCGUUCCUUCACCAAGAGCGGAUGGUACAAACCCUGUGUAUUUCGAAGGCGCCGGACGUGUCGACACGCCCAUCUAUGAGCUUCAGAAGCUCGCAGAGGCAUCGCAGAUUGCAGGCCCGGCACUCAUCAUCGACAACACCCAGACCAUCGUCGUCGCUCCCGGAACUACAGCCACCAUCCUGGACAGCUACGUGGUCAUCGACGGCGCGCUUAACUCCACAAAGUCCAGGAACAACGGCGAGCAGGAAGAGUUCAGCCCCAUCCAGCUCACAGUCUUUGGCCACCGCUUCAUGGGCAUCGCAGAGCAGAUGGGCCGCACACUCAGACGAACCGCCGUGUCGACCAACAUCAAGGAGCGCCUCGACUUCUCAUGCGCCAUCUUCAGCCCCGACGGCGGCCUCGUCGCCAACGCACCGCACGUUCCCGUCCACCUGGGAUCCAUGCAGUUUGCAGUCCAGUACCAGCAUCGCCUCUGGGAAGGCAAGCUCCGCGACGGCGAUGUCCUCAUGUCGAACCACCCUUCGUGCGGCGGCACUCAUCUGCCUGAUAUCACGGUCAUCACUCCCGUCUUUGACGGAGAAGAACUUGCCUUUUACGUUGCCUCUCGCGGUCAUCACGCUGAUAUCGGCGGCAUUCUCCCAGGCUCGAUGCCCCCUACUUCGUCAGCGUUGUGGCAGGAAGGCGCUUCGAUCAAGUCUACCAAGCUCGUCAGCCAAGGCCGCUUCGACGAGGCAGAGGUAGUCAGACUGCUCCUUGAAGAACCCGCGCAGUAUGAGGGCUGCUCGGGCACCCGGAGAUUGCAGGACAACAUCUCGGACCUGAAAGCCCAGAUCGCAGCCAACGCCAAGGGCAUCUCGCUGAUCAAAGGCCUCAUCGAAGAGUUCGGCUUGGCCUCCGUGCACAGGUACAUGUACGCCAUCCAGCACACCGCGGAGGAUGCCGUGCGAGCCUUGUUGAAGGCAACCCGUGAGAAAUACGGCCCGGAGCCCCUUGUCGCGACUGAGUAUAUGGACGACGGAACCCCUAUCGCUCUCUCCAUUAGCAUUUCGCCUGAUGGAUCCGCCGUCUUUGACUUUACUGGCACUGGCCCUCACGUCCUGGGUAACACGAAUGCCCCCAUUGCCAUUACGCACUCGGCCAUCAUCUACUGCCUUCGCUGCCUUGUGUCGUCUUCUGUCCCUCUCAACCAAGGCUGUCUAACACCCAUCAAGAUUGUCAUUCCGGAAGGCACUCUUUUGAAUCCAGGAGACGGCCUCGCUGUUGUCGGCGGCAAUGUGUUGACGUCGCAGCGUGUAACAGACGUUGUCCUCCGCGCGUUCAACGCCUGUGCUGCCAGUCAAGGCUGCUGCAACAACCUCACCUUUGGCACUGGCGGCAAGGAUCCGAUCACGGGAGAGCACAAGGAGGGCUUUGGCUACUACGAAACUAUCGCCGGAGGCUCUGGUGCCGGCCCCAACUGGGUUGGCCAGAGCGGCGUCCACACGCACAUGACAAACACUCGAAUUACUGAUCCCGAGGUGUUCGAAAAGAGAUAUCCGUGCAUUCUGCGGCGCUUUGAGCUACGCAAAGGCUCGGGAGGAAAGGGCCGCAACAGAGGCGGUGACGGAACCGUGAGAGAGAUUGAGUUCCGCGUGCCCGUGCAGUGCUCCAUUCUCAGCGAGAGGAGAUCGCGUCGCCCUUACGGUAUGGAGGGUGGAGGCGACGGCGCGGCUGGUCUGAACUGCAUCAAGGUUACGGAUCCAGCAACAGGACUGAAGAGAGUCAUCAAUAUGGGGGCCAAGGCUACCACAAGGCUGAAUCCUGGAGACAGCAUAGUGAUUCAGACGCCCGGAGGGGGUGCUUGGGGGAGAGUUGAGGCAUGAACAGAAG